GAUCUGACUCCUCCUAGGAAGCUAUAUUCAACUGGGAAGCUCAUAACCACCAACCCUACCAUCUAUCAAUGACUCCUGUGUUUUCAAACCAUGAUGCAACGCUACUGACUGUUUGUCCUUUCUGUGCGCAAUAGAACUGCAACAAUUAGAGCAUUCUGUGACAUGGAGCACGAACAUAUAGCUUGCAAUUCAGUGCAAUAUCUUGAAGGCUGGAUUGAUGUGCUUGGGAAUGGCCUGCUGAAGAAAACAACUCUCAAAUCCAGCAGUAAUCAACCUGACAACCCACAAGCUGGCCAAAAUGUCAGUAUCUGGAUAAGGACAAUGCUUGAAAAUAGGAAAGAUAUUGAAGCCCCCAAAUAUCUUAACUUCAUAAUAGGUAGUGGUGAUGUUUGUCAGGCACUUGAGAUCUGCGUUCCUUUGAUGAAGCUAGAAGAAACUAUUUUAAUCCUUGUUGAUGUGAGAUUUUGUUCCCCAAAUGAAGAAUGCCAGCCACCAGGAUCUCGACUUCUUCUUGAAGUGCAACUCCUGUCAAUCAGUGGCACUCGUAUAAAGGAUCGAACAGAGGAAGAGCAGUUGGAAUUAAUCAAUAGAGAGAGGGAAAAGGGCAAUGACCAUUUCCAAAAGAAGGACUAUCAACUGGCACUCUUCACCUAUACUUGUGCGUUGAAGAUUAUAGAGUCAAGUUCCGAAGGUGAGAUAAGACGUGAACAAAAGGAUAUGCUACUUGAUGAGAAAGUGAAAUGUUAUAGCAAUAUGGCAGCUUGUCAUUUAAAGACAGGAAACUUAAAGGAGACAAUCUCUUGCUGUGAUAUUGUCCUGCAGCAUCGGCCUCAUCACUGCAAGGCAUUAUUCAGGAAGGGGAAGGUGUUAGCAAUGCAGCAAAUAUAUCCCCUUUCUAUUGUCUUCCUAAAGAAAGCCUUAGCUGUUCAGCCAGAGCACCCGGAAAUUAAAGAUGAAAUUAAAACUAUUAUUAGCACAUGGAAAAAGCAGAGAAUAUCUGGUAUUACUGAGAAAUUUGCACGUAGCAGCUCAAAACGACCAGUCAACAGGCAGAUAUCAUUUCAGAAUAUAAAUUGGAAGUGGACAAUAGGAAUUUCUGCUGUUGCACUGGGUAGCAUAAUUCUAUAUAAAUGGAGAUGAAUCGUACUGAGAAUGCAGACCACGUUUCAGAUUAAAAUAAGAAUUUGCUUCAGAUAUUGCUGGAGUUGAGAUACCUAUAAACAGUUGAUGAAAGAUAAUUUUCAAAUCUGUGUCAAAAUGAUUUUGGCUCUGCUAAUCAAACUGAACUGAUAUGCUUAAACAUAUGUAUUUACUAAUAUAUUAAACUGUUUGGUAUCAUUUUUUCUUGAGUAUGUAAAGAGAAAAGAUUGGUGAAAAUGAAUGUCAUUCUCUUACAGUUGGAAAUGGGGAAUUUACAAUGGGGAACAAUAAAAUGGCAAAUGAACUAAAUUCAUACUUUGCUUCUGGCUUCACAAAGGAGUAUAUGAAUACCAUACCAGAAAUGAGGGGGAAUGUAGGGAGAUGGAGAAACUAAAGCAAAUCUAUUUUAGUAGAGAAAUUAUUCUAGGGAAAUUGAUAGAGUUGAAGACCAAUAAAUUCUCAGGGUCUAAUAAUCUAUAUCCUAGAUUACUUGAGGAAAUGGCCCUAGAAAUAGUUUAUGCAUUGCUGGUUAUCUUUCAGGAUUCUUCAGACUCUGGAAUAGUUCCUACAGACUGGAGGGUAACUAACGUAACCCCACUACUUAAAAAGGAAGGCAGGCAGAGAGAAAAUUGAGUUAUUGACCAGUGAGUCUGACAUAAGUAGAGAAGAUUAAGCAGGAUAGAAACCAAAAGAACUGCAGAUGCUGUAAA